UUGGCGCCUAUAUUUAUUAGAGAGGAGAUAAUUUUACAUAUAGUUCCCAAUGAGCAAAUCAAACAGAAUUUUCGCAGAUAAAGCCUUCGAACUGGUGAAGGAAUUGGACCGAUCUUCCCAAAUAAUGCCACCGUUCGAUGAUGAUGGUGUAAGAACAGUUUUAGAGGAGAUUAAGGCUAUAUUUGAAGAAAAUUGCACACAAGCCGUCAACUAUUCCACAUCUGGCGACCGUACUUUAUGGCCUUUGUUAAAUUUUCGGCACGCUGCUUUACAGCGUAACAAACGUUGCUUGCUUACAUAUUUGCAUCAACGUUUACUACGAAUUAAGGCUUUGCGUUGGGAGUUUGGGCCUAUUAUACCUUCAGAUAUAAAAUCACAAUUAUGCGAACCUGAAGUUACGUAUUUUAAUUCGUAUGCCAAAUCGUUAGCAAGUUAUAUGCGAUCUAUUGGAGAUGGCCAAGGUUUAGACUUGACCGUAGAUUUACAGCCACCAAAGUCAUUAUAUAUUGAGGUCCGUUGCGUCGAAGAUUUUGGUAAAUUCGAACUUGAUGAUGGUGAAGUUGUUCAUCUGAAAAAAAACAGUCAACAUUAUUUGCCCAGAUCCCAAGUAGAACCAUUAAUUAGGCAGGGUAUAUUGCAGCAUGCUAUUUAAAUACGGAAAUUAUUUGUCUGGUCUCUAUUUGAACUCAGAUAUAAAUCUUUUAUUGAAAAGCUUAUGGAUUUUUUUUUUUUAUUUUGAAUCAUCUGGGGUAUUGAGUGGAUUUACUCCUGGAAAAGAUAAACGUGCACAAUAGAGGAUCAUUUAGUCAUUUAUGUUGCACUAGUGUGUGCAUUAGCAUAGCACGAUAUGUACGUUUUCAUUAAUUGAAAACUUCCCAUUUAACAUAAUUCCA